CAACUCCAUCUUACACCGUUAAACAUACUUAUAGAAAAUGUCCGCCUCUUUAAAAUACAGCAAGACUAUCACGUUGAAACCACCAUGACUUACUCUCUGAGCAAAUAUUUGGUAUUUUUACUGACGACCGUGUUCAUUUUGGUCAUCGUAUAUCGCUGUUUCGAUGGAAUUUCCAGCUUCGAAAGACGUGCUAAUAUUAUUCUAGAUGAUCAGCCCACACAGGAAAAGCGCAAAUUUGUUGCAAUUCUAUCCAAAAAGUAAGUACAAUUGAUACUUUUGUAUCAAACUCGACGAAUUUAUAUAAACGUUCGACAUCGUCUACAAGCAAAAGACGAAACCGAGGUCAAGGGUCUAGACGAGCUGCCUUGCCCUUAGUUGGUGCCUGAACUAUAAACUUAAAACGUUCGUCGUGGAAGAGAAGGUCCCUCCCUUGUUAAGUGAGGUUAUAAGCCACGACCGCCGACAGUUCCUGACGAAGGGCCUUGAAAUGUCGAAGACGAAGUGUUAUAAUCGGUUGUUACAUAUUUUACAGGCAUAUUUCUCAAGCAGUUCAGACACAAACCACGGCAGCUAAUUGUAGACUACACUUACACACAAGUCUGUGAUAUGGUCUGCCAUGUUUAGCCAGUAUAUGGGAGAAUUUUACGGUUGGAUAAAGCGGUUUUGCUUUACCUACGCUGCGACCAAACAGUUUGAAUUAACCAAUAUACAAAUCGAUCGAUUGCUACCACUUGUUAAAACCGUCGUAAAAUCAUAAGUUCUACACUAUUUAUGCGAUAUUUCUCGAAUCAAACAUUAUGAAAUAUAAUAUAGGAACUUACUUGCUUAAUAAACGUGAAUAAUAAUCGUUGAAGACGCCUUGAAUAGGACGUUUUUUCACUCACUUCGGUCUUCGAAAAGAAUGGUCAGCCAUGUUGUCUUGUUGUUGAAGGAAGACCUGACAGCCAAUCAAAAUGGCGAAAAUUUAUACCGCGAAAAUUUAAAACCCACGCAAUGUAGCAAAAAUACAUUUUUGUAGCAAAAAUACAUUUCUUACAAAUUCAAUGGACAACUUGCAUGUUAGACUAAAUUUUAAUCUAAGUAACGAGAAGGGAAUCAAACACAACAGUUAAAAAGAACAUAAUGAAACAUUUUCGGCUCAAAAAUGGUAACAAUUUCCGCACGUAAUAUAAAUAUACUGAAAAUAUGCAAACUUCGCAAGGCUAUAUUUUCUGUAUUUUACAACAUUUCGCAACCAAAUUUUGCAAUUUUACUCAUUUUAAUAAGUUCUUUUCGGGAAUUCACUGUUUUUUUGCCUAAAUCAAAAAUUAAUCUAACAUGCAAGUUGUCUAUUAAAACUUAGAAUUUACCGAUGCAAAAUUCCUACUGUGAUCACAGAAAGUUUGACAAAAUUAUUAAUUUCCUGCGUAAAAUUCCUCAAAAUUUUUAAAAAUCUGCUAAUAAUUUCUCUGAACAAAAUGCCUCAAACCAAAAGGCAAAAACCAAGCAAAUUUCUAAUCUUUCUAUUUGAUAAAAACGCUUUCUAAUUGCGGGAUCCCCUGAUCUACAAUAAACUUUCUGCGAAAAUAUCCCACAUUACCUCUGCGCAUUUUUCCCAAGGGAAAAAUAUUUAAUUCCUGUGCAAAAUAAAACUUUUCAAUCUGGUCUGUAUUCCUAUGUGUUUUUUUAUGAAUUAUUACUGGUAAUGAUCUGAAAUUUUAUUUUAGCAACGAAAUAAAAAUGGUUUACAUCGACAAUGACAAUAUGGAUGACAUCGAAGACCAACCUCAUCAAUAUUCAGUCACAAACACUUCCGAUGCCUUCGUAUCAUCGUCAUACCAGUCCAACAAUGCGAGCACAGGGAACCCGUACGGUUUCGAGUGGGAUGAAACAAUUGAUUACGAUUAUUAUGAAAAACGUGCUUUAAAUGAGACUAAAAGGUAAAGUAUACUGAGCGCAUGUAUCGAACGAAAUUCCCCAAAUCAUGAUGAUAUUUACCAUUUCCCACAUGGCAUCACUUGGUUAAUACAAUCGAGUGCUCCAUAACUUAACUGGACUCUGUAGCUCAGAGUGGUCAAAGCGCUAGAACGAAAUCGCAGGGCCGCAGGAUCAAUUCAUGCCGGAGGAUCUAAAAUUGCAUUUUUCGCAUGAGCGCCCCCGUUAUAGGUCCACUUGAUCCCACCCAUAGCGCAAGGCGAGAUCUCACCUGGCCCGGCUGACUCGUUUCUCAUAUGAACACAAAUUAAAUUUUAUAUGCGUUAACAAAGGGCAUGCAAAUUUCACUAUAGGUGAGUUUCCCCGUUAUAUAUGGCCAAUCAGAACCUUAUUGUGAUCUUUAUACCAACAGUGUUCCCUUGAUUUUCAAUCUAAACUGCACUGAAUGGAAUAGACAAACCCCAUCAUAGACUAAUUUUAAAACUAGGCAAGAAGAUGUAAACAAAUAACCACAGCUGGAAAGAGCAUACCAAAAUGAUUAAGAUUGCAAAGUUUGGUUGCGAAAUGUUGUAAAAUGCGGAAUAUAGCUCGUCUUGUAAAAUUCACAAAUUUUAUAUACGUACUUUCGUAUUGUGUGCGGAAAUUGCUACCACAUUUGGGCAAAAAAAGGUAGCAAAUUCUGCACGGAACUGUAAAAGUAUACAAAAUUUGCGAACUUUGAAAUUUUACUCAUUUUAGUAUGCUCUUUCCGGGAAUAUACUUUUGUCAUAUAUAUUGUCUAUUCCAACUCUAAUUAAACUCUAAUUUUACUAUAGGCAGCGAGGGUUUCUUGAUCACUACCAAUGAUUGAACCAUAGAAAUAAUAGAUAUGUCUAUUAUUUCGAUGGAUUGAACGCUAAUUUUUUCCUAUUACAUCUCAGAUUAACAGAUCUCAGAGACAAACCGAAAAACACCAUCGUGCUGGUACAGCAACGUUACCAUAGUAACGACCCUAUCACGAAUAUCAUGUACAGAUACGGUGACUUGAAUCAACUCACGUUCGCUCUGCCGAAGAAGUCAACAUUUUGGAAGUACCGUCCGCUGAAGUUUCAUCCAAGUUUUGUAGAUACAAGUUUGACAUUUUCCAAUCACGUAAACAUGCUGAUAAAUCCGACGUACCGUUACGAAACUUUAAAAAGAUUUAUGCCAAAGGUAUAAUGGGAUAUAAUAGCAUACACUAUUUCAAAGUUAAAUACUUUCAUGAAUGAAUUUGGAAUGGUCCUCCCCAAUAACUACCGCCCAGUCACGAUUCAUUGAUCAGAAUGUUCCAUUGUCUUUUCAUUGCUCUCAAAAUCUCACUCUUCUCCAAGCGAUCCAGUCGAUGCCCAAACGAAGAUAGGCAUCGGGUUUAUAUUUGCUGCGUGAGUUUGUUACUGUGACUUCAUCAGUUUGUUAGUUUAAUUGUUAGUCUGAUAAUUUGUUUGUUUGUUCGGAAUCAUAUAAGCCUUGGUUUUAUUCAAAAAUAGUAUAGGAUUCCUUUGCGCUUGUGAUGCACUCAGGAAUUUUUUGCCAUAAAUUUUCCGAUUGGUACUAAUGUAAGCCUCUUUUAUGCUCGAUACGCAUGGAAUACAGCAAAGUGUACCUUAAUACACGAAUACCAUCUUUCUGUUGAUUUCAGGACACUGUGUUUAUCGCUGUUCUUCACGAUCCUGUUACAUACUUCUUUACAAAACUGAUCAAACAUCCUUUACUAAGAAAAUAUAAACUGAAGAGAAGGUUAAAGAUUAUUAGAAAUCUGGUUAAAAGAAACAAAGUUUUUGGAGACAAAUAUACCAACUGUAAGUUGAAUUUAUUGUCGUAACACUCAUUUUAUCCACCCUAUCAGCUGGUACAGAUGAUAUUGCAAAACAUCACAAAACUAACCUAUGAAAUUCUAGAUGUCAUACUGGACAUAUAGCUAUAUCAUUACCUGCAGAGUUUUAACUGUUCUCUUAACACAUAUCCAGCAGGGUGCGAUAAUUCGCGUACUUACGUACCGGAGUCCGGAGGUACGCCAAUAUUGCGGACUGGUACUUCUUUGUUUUCAGCAACGUACCACGUAUAGGUACGCGGAACUCUUGCUAUCUGCGUACUUAUCAGUUUUUUGCUGGUACCACAUGACCUUUCCAAGCCCAAGGUAUUUAAUACUGCAAUUUAGUUGGUAUAUCAUGCGUCUGAGAUGUCCGACAUGAAACAUGACUGGACUGAUGGCCUAAGAAACGUUGGAGUCGAUUGUUUGCAUAUGUAUAUAUGUAAUUGUGUUUUUGUUUCUAACUCGUAGUCUGAACAUACUUUUCAGAAACCUGUACUUUAUGAACAUUUAUUUUAAUGACUGUAAGUACACAUUGAGUACUGGGUUUGUAUACUAGCUCGAGUACGUGAGAACAACCAUUGGCGUACCAGUCAGGUACGACUAAAAAUCAUGGAUUAUUGCACCCUGUAUCCAGUGGGAGUGUCCUCAAAUUAGUGAAGUAGAAUAAGUAAAGUGGGGAAUGUGCUAAUCAUCCUUACUUGCAGCUGAGAGCUAAACUAAAGUGCGAAGAACGCAGCUCAACCUGAUCGAGUAGAAGUCUUUCUAAGGGCGCCUAGCUCUGACAGCCACCUUAUGCAUGACUCAUAUAUGAUCACGGAGCACAGCUACGGAAGCUAUACGGUAUAUAACCAUCAAUCAGCACGAGCUCCACCUUUGAAUUUACUAUAUGAGUAAAUUCUUAAACACGUCCGAAUUUAUCAUUAUUAUGAUAAAUUCGCGGCACAUUUUGAAUUUAUCAUAAUGAUAAAUUCGCAGCAUCUAACCCCUAACACUAACCCUAACCCCAACCCUAACCCCUAACCACUAACCCUAACCCUAUCUAACUUUUUAAACUUUUUUGAAAAUCUAACUUUUUAAAUUUUUUUUUCUUUUUUAAACUUUUUAAAAACGUACUUUUUUAAACUUUUUUUUUGAAAAUCUUGAAAAUCUCAAAUAAUUUGUAUAAAUAAUAAAUUUGGUGACAUUUGUAAUAAAUAAAAAAUUUGGUGAUAUUAAUCACAUUUAUAACUAAGAGUCUUGUCUAAUGCUUAUGCUUUUAUGAUUAACUCUAUUGAUAAAUUCAAUUAUCAUAAUGAUAAAUUCGGACGUGUUUAAGAAUUUACUCAUAUAUAGUAAAUUCAAAGGUAGAGCUCAUGUUGGGAUCAAUAUAUUAGGGGCUAAUCUCUACCCACCAUGUUACUACAGGAAGAAAGCGAAGUGAUUAGUGGACUGAAAUGUGAAACAUUCUUCUCACAACUGAGGCAAACUUCGGCAACUCUAUCAUAUUUUUUUGCUUCUUUAAUUUCUACUCACUGCUUUUAGCAAUAGCAUCUGAAUUUGGUUAUCCAAGAAAACACGAAAAUCAUAACCUAACAUCAGAGGAAAUGAUAGACAAACUUAAAGUCCAGUUUGAUAUCGUGUUGAUGGGAGCCUACCUAGACGAAUCUUUGGUUGUCUUGAAAAAUUUCUUAAACUGGUCGCUAACAGAUCUUGUGUAUAUAUCCAAAAAGAAGCCUGUGGAUUAUUGCGAUAUCCCAAAUCAAAUUCAGGUAUGCGUACAAAAUAUUACGAAAAGUUUACCAGCAUGAAUAAAAUGUAUUGUUUAAAUGUCAAAAAUAAUACCUAUUCAACCUGCUGUUAGACAGAUAAAAUAAAAAUUGCGUACAACCAUAAGGUGAAUUGGAAGCAUUACAGCUUUAUUAGCUUACUGGCUAGCUAGGUUAAACUGAAAAAGAUAUGCCAAGUUUACCAUGCAGAUGAUCUAGUUUAGCCCAUUAUAUAAAACCCGAUAUAUAAAUCCCUUCGAAUAUCUAAAAUGGUCUUCGUUAGAAUAAAUUAACAAAUUCAAAAAUAGUCUGGUGAAAGCCCAGCACUUUAUCCUUGACGAGUAAAAUCAUCGGUUAUGAAAUAGAGCUAGUGAAACAGAUCGUAGAAAUUGAACAACAUUGCAUCUCAAUGGUUAUAAUCUCCUUAAAGUCUAUGGUCUCAUCAUCUCAUGCGUGUGAUGCAGGAGCUGCAUGCCAAACCAACUGCAUAUCUUUCUUCACUUAAAUUUACUUCGGAGAGUUGUAUGGAAAUACUGUAUGCAUUAUUUCGGUAUUAUCUUCUUUUUCUAUAAAUUAAAGGAUGUUAUUAAAGAGCACAACAAACUAGACCAAGCUGUCUACGAACAUUUCAACAUCACAUUCUGGAAAACAGUCGAAUCCUAUGGCUCGACGUUCUCCUCCGACCUUCGAGAACUUAAAAGUUUAAAUCAAAAACUUACAAACUACUGCAAUGAACCCUUUGGGAACACUACGAGUACCGAAGGUGACACAGUGUGCACAAGGAUGAAAUGGGGUGAUAGAGAAUAUGUACCCUACCUCAAAGGAAAAUAUCAAGUCAUGUCAAACACAGCGUUAAAUAAUGCUGGUCUACAAUACCUGAAGAACUCACUCGAGUUCUAUUUUAACACGACUAGCAAAGAAAUACAACGCUAUUUAGAAAGUUAAUAAUAGUUAGUUUAGCAUGACUAAAUUUAACACUGAUUUAAAAUUUAACAGAUUAUUAACCGUUUAUUAUUUACAUAAAGCAAAAGCAUAUAAAAUAACUUUUUUAUUACAUUUUAUAAAAUCACUAGUUUUUGCUUUGAUGUACUAUAUGCGAUAUAAAAGGCCCUGGGAACGAGGUUUAUGUUUUCUGCACAUGGAGAGACAAUUUGCCUUCUGACUACCUUAUUAUAGGAAAUUAACGAU